AAAACGAGAAGGGACAGAGCUGAAGAAUCAUGGCUUCUACGCCCAGAGGUGCAAAACCGCCGUACCCGAGCGCUGCGAGGCUCGCCGAUUCCCAGUGCUACUCUCAGUAUACUGCAUCUCUCAAAUGUCUGGAAGAAUUUAGCUCAGACAAGAGUAAAUGUCAGGAACAUUUUGAUGUUUACAAGGAAUGCAAGAAGAAGGAGAGGGAAGCUCGAUUGGAACGCAACAAGACUCGAUCCUUGUUCUCCUAAAAUCCUUUUAGAAUUAUUGCUCUCUUUCUAUCUAUCUACCACUGAUUAACUAUACAGAAGUUCCAUAGGGUUUAGCCUGCGCUUAGAAUCUCAAGAUUUGAGAUUUUGUAAUUGUUUGCCAUAUCGUUAUGACAAAAAGUUCAAUAAUGUAUUUUGCUUUAAAGUAUUUGGUCACAAUAAAUUAUAUGCAAUAUU